UACAAAAGAAGACAAUAUUAAUCUUGGAAAUUUGAAUAGAUUACUAACUGAAGAAGAAGAUACAGUUAGAAUUGUCAUUAAAGAUGAAGAUUUAGAUGAUGCAUACCUGAAUAUUAUUAACAGCUAA